AUGGUUAGAAGACUGACUAGAACCAAAUCUAAGCCAGUUCAAUAUAAAGAAACUGAUUCUAGUGAAGAUGAAAGAAGUGGAUCAGAAAUCGAAGAAGAAGAAGAAAAAGAAAAAGAAGAAGAAGAAUAUACUUAUAAAAGCUCAAGGUCAAAUAAGAGAUCACGUAAACCAAGUAAUUAUAACAAACAAUCUAAACGACUAAAACAAAAUAAUGGUAAACUGGUUAAAGCAAUCAGACAAAUGGAAGAUAAUAUGGAAGAAAAUUAUUUAUUUGAAGCAUUAAUGAAUACAGAAACUAAUAUUUCUGACUUAGCCUUGGACUGGCUUGAAUCUUAUGAAGAAGAAGUUGCAGAUUCACAACAAAAUGAAGCUAUCACAAAUUUGAUUAAUUUAAUUUUAAGAAGUUGUGGUUCUUUACAUUUAUUUCAACCUCAUGAUUUAAUAAAUUUAGAAUCUUGUGAUGAAACUACAGAAGAAAUAACUAUUGCAUUCGGUCAACAAACUAGUCAUAAAUGGCCAUACAAAGCAUUACCAACAUUUAAGAAAAAUGUUGCAAUUUUUUUCACAAAUAUAAUUGAAUUGAGUCAUGAAAAAGGAUUACUAUAUAAUGAAGAUAAACAAGAAUUAUCAUCAGAUUUAAUGUCAUAUAUACUCACAUGGAUUAGUUGUUUGACUACAACUACAAUUAGGUCAUUGAGAUACACAAGUGUUGAAAUUUUAAUGCUUAUUCAAAUUGAGUUAUGCAGAAUAAUCAAAACGGUAUCUGCAAAUUUAGAAAGAACUGAAAAUCAACUAAAUAGGUUAAAGGAUACAACAAAGGCAAAAUAUAAAUCAUUAAAUGAAACUUCAAAAACUUAUAAACAUGAAAUAGAUACAAUUACUGAUUAUUUUCAAGAUAUAACUAAGACUGUAAUAGAUAAUAGAUAUAAAGAUGUUGAUCCACAAAUUAGAUUAACUUGUCUUAAAGAUUUAAAUGAAUCAAUGAUUAUAUUUCCCCAAUUUUUCUGUCAAGGUGUAUACUUGAGAUAUUUUGGAUGGUCAUUAACUGAUUCAAUUAGUCAAGUUAGGGUCGAGAAUUCAAAAGUUUUAUUAAGAUUAUAUAAAUCGUUUAAAAAUGAAGUUCCAUUAGGUUUACAACAAUUUUCAGAAAAGUAUAAAUCACAAUUUGUAAAGAUGAGUCAAAUUGACAGUGAUUUACAAGUAAAAUUGAAUUGUUUUGGUAUUUUAAAUGAAUUAUUGAAACGUGGAUUUUUAGAUGAGGAAGAAUCAAAAGGAAUCAUACAAGCAUAUCCAUUUGAUAAGAAUAUUAAGUUACAAAUAGAAUGUUCAAAGUUUAUUGAGUUAUACAACAAUGAAGAAUUCGAAAAUGUCAAAGAUAAGUAUGACACUAUAUUAAUUUAUAAAAAUGAUCAAAAUUUAUCAUUCAUUUUGAAAAUGAAAUUAUUGAUCAAUUCGUGUAAAUCAGUUGAAGAGGGUAAACCAUUAAGUGAUAUGUUUGUCCAUAUUGCAUCAGAAUAUAAUAAAAACUGGGAAUUAUUAGUUGAUUACUUUUUAUUAGAUGUUUCAUCUUUAAAGUUUAAUGACGAAAAUGACGAAGAUAUAGAAAAUGAAGAAAUUACAAAUUUUCAAAACUAUAUUGAAUUACAAUUACAAGAUAAAAUAAUAUUACUUCAAUUUAUAAAUGGUUAUUUCAAAUAUAUUUUGAAUAAUAAAAAGAUAACACAAGAAAUUGUAACUAAUCAAUUAACUAAAUUAAUUGAACACCUCCCCAGAUUAGGAUCAGAAUGUUUGAAAGAAAAGAAAUUAUUCAUCAGCUUUCUUAAUUUAUGGACUGAAUUAACUGUAUAUCAAAAAGAUUCAAUUUUUAAUCUAUUUAACAAAUUAGACAAGAUUGAACAAUAUGAAGACAUAACUAAAAACAUAUUUAAAUAUUUUAAAGAACUGAAUUUAUCAAAUGAAUUUAAUGAAUAUUUUAUUAAAGUAUUUGAACCUUCAAAAAAUGUAUUAACUACAAAUUGUAAAUCAUUUGCGCAAACAAGUUUACAAGAAUUAGUUGAAGAAAUUAAUCAAAUUAUCCUUGAUGAAGAUAAUGAAGAAACAGAAAGUUACAGCGAAAUAGAAAUGAAUGAACAAAAAACAAUAAUUCAAAAAAUCAAUAAGGUAUCCCCAUUAAUUUUAAAACUUAAACAAAUUGGAGAUUUUAUAAACAUAACAAAUUUAACAAAUAUCUCAGAUUUGAUAGAUAAUUUAACUUUUAAAAUUUUUAAAAAAUUACAUUUUUCAUUAAUUCUAUCAAAUUGGAAGCAAAAUUUUCUUGCUCAAACUGAAUCAUUUGAAAAUAAUUUAUCUAAUUUAUUUGACUUUAUUCUAACUAUCUUAUCAUGGAAAUUUGAAAAAUUAAUGGAGGUUCAAAAUGAAAAAGAACAAAAAUCAAUUGCAAUUGAUUUACAAUUUGAUAAUUUUGUUGAUUUAAUAAAUGAAAUCAUUAAAUUAAUUUAUGAUUGUCAAAAAGAUAAAGAAAUGAUUCAAAUUAAAACAAUCUUAAUCUUAAAAUAUAUUGAGUUCAUAUCAAGUUUUAAAUUCUUUUAUGUUAAGUAUCAAAAUAAUAAUGAAUUUGAAAAUUUUAAACAAUUUUUCCAAAGUAAUAUUCAAUUGAUAUUAAUUAAACGAGAUUUACAAUUUGAAAUUUUGGAAUUAUUUUUAAUUAAGGAAAAUCAAUUAGGUCAUGAGUUAAAUGUUGAAUUAGAUAGAAAUGAUGAUGAGGGUGUAAAUUAUGAUGAUUAUAUCAAAAGAAAUGAACAUAGAGAUGACUCUAAUAUCAAUGCAAUUCGUGAAUCUAGUUUAUUUGAUGAUGAUGAUGAUGAUAAUGAAACUCAACAAGAAACUCAACAAGAAACACAAACUGAAACUCAAAAAAUUCAAGAACAAAUUAAAGAAAAUAGGAAGAGAGAGAGAAUAUGGAAAUAUGAAAAAGAAUUGGCUUUAUUAACUUUGAAAAUCAUAUCAUUAUUUAAUUUAGGCUUAGUUCAAGAAGAUAUUUGGCAAAGAUUAGAAUUGAAUAGUGGGAAAUUAGGUGAUGUUUAUAAACAAAUUAUUAAUCAACAACAAAAAAAGAUUGAAUCAAUGAAAGAACAUUCAGGAAAUGCAGAUAAUAACAUGGAAGAUUUGAAUUUAGAUGAAGAAGGUGGAAGAACUGAUCCAAUUGAAGAAAAUGUUGGUAAGAAUACGUCCCCAGUCGCAAAUGAAGAGGAUAAUAAUGAUAAUGUUGAUGACAGUGAACUGCUUCAAGCAGAUCAUAAUGUUGAUGGUCACGAUAAUACUACAAAUCAACCAGAGGAUAUUAUUGAACAUAAUGAAAGUAAUGUUAAUGAAGAUAUCUCGAAUUCCAACGAUGCUAAUAAUGUGUUGACGAAUCCAGUUUCAACUUAA